GGAAGGUACGGAAGGACUGGUAAUCCGGGACUUCGGGCUGUGUAAUAAGAAGCUGGAAGGAGCGGUUUUUAGUUUUGAAUCACAAUGCACGGGCGCAUUAAAGUGAAGACUACCUUGGAGCAGCAAGAGGCAAAGCGUAAAGAGAGAGAAAAGAAGCUGCAGCUGUAUGUGAGCGCAACACAAGCUGCUUUGCAAAAGCGAGAAAAUGGGCAGCUUGAUAAAGAAGCUCUUGAUCUGACUGCCCAGAUAUUGUCCCUGAACCCCGAUUUUGCUUCUCUAUGGAACCUGAGAAGGGAAGUAUUUCUGCAGCUUCAGACUGAUCGGUCAGAUGAAGAGAUGCAGUCUCUUUGUUCGGGAGAGCUCUCCUUCCUUGAGAACUGCCUUCGUGUAAGCCCAAAGUCAUAUGGAACCUGGUAUCACCGAUGUUGGAUUAUGAAGAUCAUGCCUAAACCAGAUUGGGCACGAGAACUGGCACUCUGUAACCGUUUUCUUGAGAUCGAUGAGCGAAACUUUCAUUGUUGGGAUUACCGGAGAUUUGUCACACAGUCCUCAUCUGUUCCAGAUCCAGAAGAGCUUGAAUUUACUACUUCUCUAAUUAGCAAAAACUUCUCCAACUAUUCUUCCUGGCAUUACCGUAGCAAACUGUUGCCACAGAUCCACCCAGACCAGCUCAGAAUUGGUAGAGUGACAGAAGGGGCCCUGCUAAAUGAGCUAGAACUUGUACAGAAUGCAUUCUUUACUGACCCAAAUGACCAGAGUGCUUGGUUUUAUCAUCGCUGGCUUCUUGGACGAGCGGAUCACCCUCUUUCAAUUCGAUGUGUUAUGGUCAGCCUGGAUGAAGGAUGUGUGUCAGUAACUUUCUCUCAACCAGUCGCAGUGCAGGAUGAUUUAAUUCUCUUUCUUAAUGAUAAACCUAUUUUUGUUUCAUGGAGAACUGCUGGGAGAAAAGAAAAGAGAAGUUUAUUUUGGGUGUGUGACCUCCCCAAGGAAUGUAUUAAUGACCGUUGUUGCCAGUACAAAUUCCAGGUCCUUUGGAAAGAUGGAGAAGCUAAGAAGGAAUGUAUACUUUAUCCAGGAACACGAGAAACCUGGUGUCGUGAUUCUGCUACAGAAAAUGAAUUCUUCAGUUUGGAUCUGUCAGAAGGAAAGAGCAAUGUUUUGCAACAGGAGCUAAAAUCUUGCAAAGAGCUUCAAGAACUGGAACCUGAAAACAAGUGGUGCCUGCUGACUAUUAUUCUUCUAAUGCGAGCUCUGGAUCCCUUAGCCUAUGAAAAGGAAUCUCUUGGCUGUUUUGAAACACUGAAGGUUGUUGACCCUAUGCGUUCUGGCUAUUAUGAUGAUCUGCGCAGCAAGUUCCAAAUGGAAAAUGCCAUAUUGAAAAUGGAGUAUGCCGAGUCAUUCAUUAUUGAUCUCUCAAAGAAGGGGCUUACACGAUUAUGUCACUUAGAGCAUCUGGGACAAGUCACUCACAUGAAUCUCUCGGCUAACCGGCUCCGUGUUCUUCCUAGCAAUCUGUCCAUGUUACGACGCCUUCAGAUGCUUGAAGUUGAUAAUAAUGAGGUUGUACGUCUAGAAGGUUUGUGGAACUUGCCUCAACUGGAGGAGUUAUCAUUGCAGUGCAACCAAAUAGAGAAUGUGUCUGAUCUCCAACCACUUGCCAGCUGUCCUCACCUGUCAGUGCUCCAUCUACAAGGUAACCCGCUGUGUGAGAAGGCAGAUACGCGGACUCAGUUGGAAGCUCUUCUUCCUCAUGUGAACACAAUCCAUUUGUCCCUUAUUUAAUGUAUGAAAUGCUAAGGUGAUCAUGUCAACUUUCAAUAAACCCAAUAGAUGGAAAGGUUUUGUUCAAUUUGUUUUUUUCUUAUUAAAGGGGUGGUUCACCUUUAAUUUAACUAUUAGUAUAUAAUAGGACGGCUAAUUCUAAUUCUGCAUUUAAUGUGACCUUUGUUUUUUUUUUUUUUUUUUAUAUAGUUUUUCAAAUACUGUAUUUGCCUUUUUCAUCUGACUCUUUUCAGCUUUCAAAUGGGGGUCACUGAUUCAUCGAAAAAAACAAAUGCUGUGUAAGGCUACAAAUUUAUUGUUAUUGCUACUUUUUAUUACUCUUUCUAUUCAGAUCCUCUCUUAUUAGUAAUCCAGUCUCUUAUUCAAAUCAAUGCAUUGUUGUAAGGGUAAUUUGGACCCUAGCAACCAUAUUGUUACAAUUGAUACUGGAGAGCUGCUGAAUAAAAAGCUAAAUAACUCAAAAACCACAAAUAAUAAAACAUGAAAACCAGUUGCAAAUUGUAUCAGAAUAUCACUCUCUAUAUCAUACUAAAAGUUAAUUUAAAGGUCAACAACCCUUUAAGUUUCAGUUCAAGAAUGUGUGCCACUAUUCUAUAAUGCUCUCUACUACGGUUUCCUUUUUAAGGUGAAUUUUUCUUAUAUAGGUGUGGGACCUGUUAUCCAGAAUGCUCGGGGCCUGGGGGUUUCUGGAUAACGGAUCUGUAAUUUGGAUUUUCAUACAUUAAGUCCACUAGAAAAUCAUGUAGAUUUUCACAAACCCAAUAGGCUGUUUUUCCUCCAAUAAGGAUCAAUUAUAUAUUAGUUGGGAUCAAGUACAAGCUACUGUUUUAUUAUUAGAGAGAAAAGGGAAAUCAAUUUGAAAAAUCUGGAUAAUUUGAUUAUAAUGGAGUCUAUGGGAGACGGCCUUUCCGUAAUUCUGCAUAACAUGUUUCCAGGUAACGGAUUCCAUACCUGUAUUUAUAAAAAAAAAAAUGGCUUUGUGUUUCUGUAUUGUAUUUAUUACGCUUUCUGUAAAUGUGAUCUUAGGGAUCUGGGAUAGUUUAAUUAAAUUGCGAGUGAAACCAUAUCCCAGUAUCUUACCUUUUAAAAUAUUGAGCAAACUUUCUGUGACCAGUACAAAUCCCCAUAUGAAAUACUAACCCAAGCCUUCUAAUAAAGUGUGCCAAGGACAAUCUGAUCAAACACAUAUUCUGUUUGUAGCAUCAUUCUUGUUCUGACACCCCAGUUGUUUGUAAUUAACAUCCUUCU